GAAAUGUCAUAAAAUGACAUUUGAAUAUUUUUGAGUUGUUGCUCAACUUUUUUUUUAUUAAAUUGAAUGAAACAUUACGAACAAAAUCUAAGAAAAAGUCUAAUAAUGGUGUCUGGAAUUGUAUCUGGCAGGUUAGCCCUAGUUACAGGUGCUGGGUCUGGUAUAGGCAGAGCUGCUUGUCAAGUUUUGUCUCGUGAAGGGGCCACAGUUAUAGCUGCGGAUAAAGACUAUGAGGCUGCCCUAGAAACUAUAAAGAAGCAUUCCGCUUUAGCUUCAGGAUCAAAUGCAGUUGGUGAUCAUAGUGCUGUGGAAUUGGAUGUAUCAAGUUCAAAAUCAGUAGCUGAACUUCUUACCAAACUACAGAGACAAUAUAAAGCUCCACCAACUAUUAUAAUUAACUCGGCCGGUAUUACCAGAGACAAUUGGAUGCUGAAACUAUCUGAAGAUGAUUUUGAUAAUGUACAAGAUGUUAAUUUAAAGGGUACAUUCCUUAUAAUGCAAACAUUUGCUAAAGCAAUGACAGAAGCAUCUUUGCCGGGAUCAAUUGUAAAUAUAUCUAGUAUUGUUGCUAAAUAUGGAAAUAUAGGACAAACGAAUUAUACAGCAAGCAAAGCAGGUGUUAUUGGAAUGACGAAAUCUGCUGCCAAAGAAUUAGGAAAAUUUAAUAUAAGAGUAAAUGCAAUUUUACCUGGUUUCAUAGACACACCAAUGGUGGGUACAGUUCCAGAUAAAGUAAAGGAAAAUUUCCUCAAAAUGAUACCUUUAGGUAGAUUAGGAGAUCCUAUUGAAAUAGCUGAAGUAAUAACGUUCCUUAGUUCUGAUAAGAGUUCGUUUGUGACCGGAGCGACUGUUGAUGUUACGGGAGGAUUUUAAUCUGUAUUUUUAAUUUUUUUUAAUCUGUAGAGAAAUU